UCAAGGCGAACGGUUUCCUUGGUAGUGACUUAAACUUUGAAAGAUUAAACCCAGAAAGAGAACGAUUUCUAAUGCGUGUGAGAAGCCGAGGUAGCUAAUGUUGCAGCGAUGUCUACUCUAGCUAUCAAGACUUCAUUACUCCUCUCAACAAUCUCACGUUGCAUCACAGAUCAGCAGUUUAACUGGUUCAUGGUUCUCGGAUUUAUAUCAAUACAGACAAUAAUCAGGAUUUCCUGCACAAACGAGUGUCGUUCAGUCACAUCUAUAGAUAGAUAUACACUGAAAGGUCACGCCUAUAAGACUGUGAAAGACAAGGACGUAAUCACGUGUGUAGUCACGUGUGACCAUGAUCCUGCUUGCUACAGUAUCAAUUAUAUAUUCAGCACAGGGACAUGUGAAUUGUGCCACACAACACGAGUGUCUCAUCCAUCGGACCUGAUAUACACCCCGGAUUCUGUAUACAUGGAGCAUCUAUCUAGACCAGCAGGGUCUUGCUCGGGCAAUAUGCCCUGUAGGAACCGCGGGACGUGCGUCAAUGUCCCGCAAUCACCGGGAUACCGUUGUUUUUGUCGGGAUCACUAUGUCGGUGACCUUUGUGAAGAAUGCUCUUCACCACAUGUCGGUUUGUCAGACAACCGCUUGCCUAACGACAAAAUAACUGGCACGUCUAAUGGCCAAUGGAUGAUUACUUUCUUCUAUCCAUACAUGGCAAGACUCAAGGGGUCUUCUGCCUGGGUCAGUUCGUUACUGGACACCAGUCCCUUCCUGGAAAUCAAUGUGGGUCCGAGAAGUAGAAUGAUUACGAAGAUAGCAACUCAAGGCAGCCCAGAGUAUGACUGGUGGACUACAUCAUAUUCGGUGAAAUACAGUUUGAACAGAGUAUCGUGGACUGAUUAUACGGACAAUGACACUGGACAACCCAAGGUUUUUCGAGGCAAUUCUGAUAGGAAUACGAUAGUMCAACACACUUUCAAGCCAGCAUUUGUAGCAAGGUAUCUUAUCGUAUCCUUACUGGGCAAACAUACAAGGAGUGCAAUCCGCCUGGAAUUUUAUGGUUGUUAUGCAGAAUGAAACCUGAAGUCUCGAUGAUGACACCGUUCUCUAUUAGCUACCUCAUAGAUGAUCUCAUCAUAUUUGUUCACUUGUUUGAACAAAGCUAUUGUGGAUGGCGUCAGGGACGCCAUCUUGGCUCAUUCAAACAAGCGGCAAGACAACACUUUUUACUAUUUGGACAAAUUAAAAGUAUCUAUCACGUUAGAAAUAGCUUGCGUCAAUUGCCUUGUUCCUUCAUCAGCCAUAGGCAACGUUGUCUUCAGUUUGCGAUCGUGACGAGGUAUAACAUUUCUUGUGAUGACCUUUCGAUCGAUCCCAGAAAAAUUAUUUCAUCCCUGUGAAUUUAACCAUGAAAUCCCAAUCUUUCUUGUGUGAUCUCGAUCCCAAGCAAGUUAAUUUUUUCCCUCGUCACGGCCCUGCACUGUUAUUAAUAUAAUAUCACUCAUUUUGAAACUACAGCACUUAAAAAAAGGAAAGCAAAGAGGUCAUGAUAUUCUAAAUUUAAAUUUAGUGCAUGAGUUGAAUUUGGUUUUGAGUUAGGAUAUAYAACCCCCACAAAAAACCUUCAUAGAUGAGGUGAUACGUGAUUUCAAAUAUUGUUCACUGUACAUGUAAAUCAGCCUUUACUGGCCCGAAAAGUAUACAGCUAAUAUAUUGCGUAAUAGAUCGCUGAAAUCUUUUGAUAACUCCCAACGAAUAACAAAUAUUACUUAUAUUUGUAAGAUUUUUAAAAUCAACGGACGUACUAUAAUUGUUAACAUGAUGAAUGUUAGUAAAAGUAACAUGAAAACUAUAAAAA